CGUUAGUUUUUUUUUUCUGGGCCACAAACUCGCGAGUAUUUCGUUUUUCUGCUAUUAUUCUUGUCUACUUUUCAUUUCGCUACAUUCCAAGACGGGUGCGUUUCGAAGAAAUUGGUAUCAGAGUGUAAUCAAUCAACCGAAGAGGACCGGUGAAUCGCGAGAACCGUAGAAAUUGUGCCAGAAACCUAAUUGGCUACCCAAUUCCGACAAAACGACCCACGGACAUGUCACGAGGAUGACCUUUGCGGCCCCCAAAACAACUCAGGCGAAUGCUGAGAACUUUCGCGUCCAAAAUGUUUACUGAAUGAACGGGUCGCGAAGGUCAGUGUUUUGUUUCUUCAGUGUGUUGUGAUAUGCGCAGCUUCUCCGCGAGUGUGUGAUGUAGGUAUAUAAGCACAAAUGGAUUAUCGUCACCGCCGUGUUGCUGUUGCAGCAAUGUGAUAAUGAGGCAUAGGACUGGACAACCGCCAAAGUUUGUUCGCUGCUGGGUACACUUCAGCACACUUUAAUGCGGAAAUUCGCACGAUUUGAAUAUUGAUAAACAGGAAUAUGAACAGCACACAGAAGUUAGCAUUUCUCUUGGUUACAAUCUCGGAAUCUCAUAGAGUGUAGCGUAUAGUAACUGCAAUCCCAUCCCGGUCAACGACAAGAUUAAUUAGGCCAACGUUGUUCUGCACCGCAAUGGUUGCCCUUUGAGGUGGGGCGCAACAACAGAACUGCAAUAAUCGUAAAAUGCCGUGCUCUUGCUGUUCCUACGGUGGCAGUCGUACGACAAGUGGCGAGAGUAGUUCCCGCUAUCCGUAUGACCAAGACGACGGAAAUGUAACAGAGAAACAUUACGGCUGCUACAAGUUGGGCAUUCUAUUCUCCUUUAUUAUAAUCCUGCUGCUCUUGAUAGGCUGCCUGUCGGUUUUCUUCCUUACCCAUGACAACAAUCUGAUGCUCUUGAUUCUACUUAUAAUACUGAUACUGAUCGGUGUUAUAACGUACGCCUACAUCCAGUGGCAGCAUCGUCGAGCCAUGCAGAUGCGGCGAAACUACCAGGAACAGAAAAUGAAUCUCACACGGAGUGUUCAACGGCCGAUGCCAGUGGUACCAAAAGAGGUACGAGGUGGCAUGCCAAAAACCGGAACGAACAACGAAAAGAGCAUACCAGCAAAUCAACCACGAUACUCGUUCAUUUAGUCCGGUCGGACGGCUGGUGGAGAGUGGAGCAUCGUUCUGCGGUUUACAAUAAAUAAUACCUCCGCUCGCCCGUACCUACAUAGUAUCUCGUAUCCAUAAAGCACCGGAAGAACCCCGGACACAAUAAUUCAAAACAAUGCUCUACUGGUGCUACGUAUCGCUGCCGAUCGCAACCGUGGCAUCAGAACUUUGGACAAACAGAGAGACGACAGCAAACAUUGCUUGCACAGGCCGAAACAUUCACGAUUCUAGGUCUCCUUCGGAAACCCACAUUUUAAUUGGGGAUUUAUCGCUCUGUAAUCACGGUGCGUAGCCGGCGGAAGUCGCCGGAAGAAGAAUGAAUGGACGCUGCGCGACUAACAGAUGAUCAAAAACAUGCAUUGAUUGUUGGUGUGACUGUAGCGGAUAUCGUAUAUAUACCAAAAGACUUCAAUCAGUUGAAUAUAACUGUAUGUGAAAAAACCAGAUCUAAGUGCAAUUCAAACAACCAGUACGAUUUACUCGGAGUGUAAAUUAAGAAUUCCGCACAUGUUCAAUAAUUGUCUAGCAAAAUUGGAUUAAUAAAAUUAUAGAUAGCUUCCGGCAUCAAAAUAGUUAUUCUUAAGCGAUAGCAGAAUUGCGGAACACUGUUUUUAUAAGCUCUUAUUUUAAAAAAUAAAAUAAUUGUGUAACAAAUCAAA